AUGUCCAUUUCAAUUGCUCCUCGCUUCUUAACUAGCGACAAAGGUACCUUUGGUGAAUAUACUGCUUCCACUCGUUGGCCAAUUAUCAUCCAAAACUCUGUUGACGACGUUGCUGCUGAAAUUGAAAGAAUAUCUAAAUCAUCGAACGACGAUAAAUAUGCAAUUGUUCAACAAGGUGAAACUAUUAAGAAACAAUUGAUUGAAUUCCGUCAAGAGAUCAUCAAGAACGUUCCUUUGAGAAAAUUCACUACUGAAGAAUGCGAAAUUGCUUCGGUUCCAUUGUCAUUUAACGAGUAUUUGGAUACUGUCGAGGAGAAACCUACUUGGAAUAAUUCCGAAUGGUUGUUUUGCGAGAUUUAUCUAUACAGAAGGAUGAACGUCCUUUUCAGAUCUCAAGCUCAUCAACAUUGGAAGAAUUUCGAUAUCUUUAAUGAUUUGAAACAAUCAACUUUCGAAGCAUCAUACUAUGGUGUUACUGAACUGGCUUUGAGAUACAAAAAUUUACUUAAUGAUAUAUCUAAAUUGAACAAGAAAGAUGCCAAAGAUCAAGAAUUAUUACAAAUUUUGUUCAAGGAAUUUAUUGAGAUCUCCUUAUGGGGUAAUGCAACAGACUUAUCUCUAUUGACAAAUGCUACUCUAGAAGAUAUUAAAUCCAUUCAAGGUGCUAAGGCUAGAGAAGAGUCUGAAUCUAAGAUUGUCGUCAAUGACACUAACAAUGCUUGGGAUAUUUUACUUAAAGCCGCUACCACUAAGGAAAAUAUUAGAGUCGAUUUUGUCCUUGACAAUUCAGGUUUCGAAUUAUAUGCUGAUUUGAUGUUAGCUGCAUUCCUAUUACAAACUAAAUUGGCUACCAAAUGUGUUUUCCACGCUAAGGACAUGCCUUACAUGGUUAGUGACGUCAUGCUGAAGGAUUUCGAUAUCUUGGUUGCUGAUCUAAGAGAUAGAAAGUUUUUCCCAGCCGGUAAGGAUACUGAAGAGUCAAAUGCUUUAGAGUUAUUUGCCGACGAUAUCUCUAAUUUCCAUGACAAAGGAAUGCUAACUUUCGAGGCUGACUCAUUCUGGACUACGGAUUUAGAUUACUGGAACAUUGAUCCAUCUGAGACCAAGUAUCAUGGUAACAAAAUUCAUGAGGAACUAAAACAAUCUGACUUAGUAAUCUUUAAAGGUGAUCUAAAUUACAGAAAGUUAACCGGUGAUAGAAAAUGGCCAAGAACUACAGCUUGGGAAACCGCUAUUGGUCCAUUGUCCACCAAUGGUAUAUCUGUAUUAAGUUUGAGAACUUGUAAAGCCGAUGUCCAAGUAGCUUUGAAGUCCGGGGUGGAUGAGGAAUUAUCCAAACUAUGGGAGAAGGACCACCCAGGCCAAGGUUCAUGGUGGUGUUGCAGUGGUAAAUGGGCUGUCAUCUGUUUUUCUGCCUCCAAAUAA